AUCUGAUACUUUGAAACUAGUUAGCACGUAACUUCUUAGAGGAAGCACCGACGGUUCGAUCAACAUCAGCUGGAAGGUCACCAGUUUCUCUUCGUGUGGCACCACCUGUACCGCCACCCAGUAAAACAUCACUGAGGACUGCUGUAUCUCUACCUUCAGAGCCUCCAAAAAACCAGCAACUAGAGAAAAGAUUCGCAUCCGACAUUGGGUUUAACUCAAAAGAUACUGGAGAUCAGCAUGAGGCUUCUGCACUCCGUGAUGAACUUGAUAUGCUGCAAGAAGAAAACGAGAAUGUCCUUGACAAGCUCAGACAUGAGGAAGAACAAUGCAAAGAUGUGGAGGCUAGAGUUAGAGAGCUUGAGAAACAAGUUGCUGCUCUUGGAGAAGGUGUAUCUUUGGAAGCCAAACUGCUAAGCAGAAAAGAGGCUGCAUUGCGUCAAAGAGAGGCUGCACUUAAGGAUGCAAAGCAAACUAAAGAUGUUGUAGACACGGAGAUUUUGUCUCUUAGAUCUGAAGUUGAGAAUGCUAAAGAUGAGGUGACAGCCGUUAUAAGGCAGCUUCAUGGAGCUGAAUCUGAAGUAAAAGCCCUUCGUUCAAUGACUCAAAGAAUGAUACUGACUCAGAAAGAGAUGGAAGAAGUUGUCCUUAAGAGGUGUUGGCUUGCUCGCUACUGGGGCUUAGCUGCAAGAUAUGGUAACUACUGGAUAUCUUAUGUUUAACAUUUAUUAUGUUGAGUGAAAUGCA